AAGAUGCAAAAAAAAUAUUGCCGAAAAAACCAACAAAGCAGCUGUAGCGUAACCUAAACAAACUCCAAUAAUCCAACGAUCCAAAACCCUCUCAACCAACCAUCCUUUCUUUUCAACCCUCACUUUCCAUACUAUAUAACAAUACUAUUCCCUUUCUUCAUUCACUCUUUUCAUCUUCUCUCUCAUUUUCUCUCUCUCAGUUCCUCAAUUUCAAAUCAUAUUCAACAAUGUCGGUAACACCACCAUGGCUUGAACCAUUACUAUCAACCACAUUCUUCUCUUCCUGCAAAACUCACAUCAACGCGCCGAGAAACGAAUGCAACAUGUAUUGUCUCGAUUGUAUGGAAUCAUUCUGUUUUUACUGCAAACAAUCCUGGCACAACGACCAUCAACUAAUUCAAAUACGGAGAUCGUCUUAUCAUGAUGUUGUGAGGGUGGUGGAGAUUCAGAAGGUAUUGGAUAUAACUGGAGUUCAAACGUAUGUGAUUAACAGUGCUAGAGUGAUUUUUCUUAAUGAGAGGCCACAGAAUCAGAUUAAGAAUACUAAUGCUGUUAUUAGUGGAAGUAAGAGUAAUUCACAUUUGUGUGAAAUUUGUGCAAGAUAUUUAUUGGACCCUUUUCGUUUCUGUUCUUUGGGUUGCAAGCUUGUAGGAAUAAAGAAAAAUGGGAAUGCAAGCUUUGUCUUAAGCACAAAGAAAGAGGAAGAAAUAGGUAAAAUGCAGGAAAGAAAGUUGCUAUCAAAGGAAGAAGACGAAGAAAUAUUAAUAAUGCGUGAAGGAAUCCACAAACAACAAGUAUACAAAAGCACGUCUUCUCCUUAUUCAUCUCAACAAGCUUGUUCAAAUUCAAGGAGAAGAAAGGGAAUACCUCAUAGAGCACCUUUAGGACCCUAAUCAUUAAUAUUCAUAUAGUAUUAUAAUUCUUUUGGAUAUAUAUUAUGGUUUCAUGAUUAGUUUUACAAGCUGGAUUUGUGUUCUUUAUACAGCUCAUUUUUCACAAUCACCAUGUGGGUUUGAAAGUUGAUUUUAAUCUAAAAGUGUUCUAAGCUGUCUUAAUGGGUAGGCUUAUUAAUUUAAGGAAUGGAGAACUUUUGUGUUACUUUUGAAGAUAGGCUGGCUGUCUUUGAGGUGCAAUGAUUGAUUUGCUUUGCAUUUGUGCAUUUGUUAAAUUAGUUAAUAAUAUAUUUGAUGAAACAUGUUAGGUGUAAUUGUUCCCUAUACACAUGAACGGUUUUAUAUAA